UCGAUCACGAUCGGAUCAGUACCAGCUGACCCGUUCGUCAGAAUGCGGGUGUGCGUUUCGUCAUUACGUUUUCCCGAGAGCUGCCUUUAUUAACCAGUGGUUUACCAAUCAUCGCGAGUACGUCGUUGCGCGCUAACGCUGUACGAUAAACGAGCGAGGGGUGCGAUUCGCGGUGCCUGCAAGCACUGCCGUGAGUGAAACGCAGGAGUUAUAUGAAAGCCAAUCCUACGUAGUGUAAUGUGCGAUUCAAAACUCGAUCGGACACCUGUGGUUAUUCUCACUCUGAUUAUUAUUUGCACAGUGAUUUCGAACUAUCGGCAUGCCGAGUAAUGUGGGACAUACGGCAAUGGUGCUCCGGUAGUGAUUGUGUUAUCUACGUGUCAUCAUCGAGAACGAACACGGAUUACAACCAGAAACGCAUUGCUGGAGGAGCUAUGUGGGCCAAGAAAUUUUUCAUCUUCAAUAAGAAACUGUUUUGAACAAUAAAAGAUCGCUUUACAUUCGACGUGGAAGAGUUUGCAAGUUUAUCAAGAAGCUUCAGACUUUCCAAUCACCCCAGGGGGAGGAGUAUGAAGCCAAAAAAUCGACGAUUAAGGUUUGUCGUUGAUAGCAACUAACUGAACUUGAUUCGCGCAAAGUAGAAAGUCGAAAGAGGUGGGGAGAAGUAGAGUGCAGCAACGAGCUGCAACAUGUACGGGAAGCACCGUUGAUUAGAAAAGAUCGACGUCGGUGCAACCUGCAGUGGUCCUUCGGGUUCAAAGGGGGAAAUCAUCUGAUUCGUUUAACGAGAUCGAACUUGGGAGCACAACCACUAUUGACCACAUCGAGUGUCCCUGGUCGACGAUCGAUCGAUCGUGAGAAGCGUGCGGAGGCGGAAUACGCUAAAGGGUGGGGUAAUUCAGGAAGGUUUCACGAUCGCCUCGUUGACAGCGCAGUAUUGGCUGAGACAAGAAGAUGAGGAUCGCACAGUUACUGUUGAUCGCGUUUCUCUGCGCCGCGGAAUCGCUGGCCAGUUGCCAGGACGAUGGAAUCUGGUUCAGGACGAAUCCAACCGACGACAACGAACACGCAUUCAAGACUGCUGAUUACGUGGACCGGAACGUGCAAGAAGCCACGGCCCAUGGACGCUUCGAAAGAGACUUGGAUGGUCUCGUCGAGCCGCUUUACGGACAACACGUACCCUACAGGGGCAGUAGAGCCAUCGAUGUUUCCAGAUCUACGGAAGCCAACACGAAAUUGACCCAACAGCCAGGAACACAAUCGAACCUUCCAAAACCGAGCACGAAACCGUCGACCACGUACAGACCGAUACGCCGAAAGAACGUGACGAUAGGCGACGGUAUAUGCCAAAGCAUCGACAUUCGUAACAGCGCGGCCGCUUUCGAGAUCAUGAAGGACUGCCAGGUGAUAGAAGGUUUUCUACAGAUCGUCCUGAUCGAGAACAACUCCGAGAAAGAUUUCAAACAGAUCAGCUAUCCGAAACUACGUGAGAUCACCGGAUACUUUCUACUUUACCGCGUCAACGGCUUGAAGACCCUCAGCAAUCUGUUCCCGAAUCUUGAAGUAAUCCGAGGGAACAUCCUGCUGACGGAUUACGCUUUCAUGGUGUACGAGAUGCAAAAUUUACAGGAAAUCGGCUUGAAAAAACUCACGGAGAUCUCGAGGGGCAGCGUACGGAUCGAGAAGAACCCAACGUUGUGCUACACCAACACAGUCGAGUGGAACAAGAUCGUUUCCGCAGGGGAGAACGUUAUCAAGGACAAUGGCCAGGAAGCUUCUUGCCCUG